CUUUUGGCCGGUGCCUGAAAUGAGUGCUUCACCAAGGGUUUGUAAAGUCGUCCUUCACAGACUCCUAGUCCCCGUCAUCAGCCACAGACGCGUUAAUGUCAAAGUUGUAACCGUAAAAAGGAAUUUUUGUAAUGAAACCUUUAAACGCGAACAAUAUGAUAAAGACGUGUCGAAGACAUUCGGAGAGAACAUGCACAACAGGGCACGUUAUGUCAUCUUUUUUCAAUACAUUGGAACACAAUAUAGCGGUGCAGUGAAAGUGCCUUCAUGUCAGCUGGUUAGGAAAGGGGUCCAGGACCACUUGGAGGAUGCAAUAAGGAAGCUGAAGCCGCUCAACCAGGUUUCUAUGACAGUCUCCAGCAGGACAGACAGAGGUGUCCACGCCCUCUCUAACUCCGCUCACUUUGACCUCCAACGCCAGAACAAUAAACCGCCAUUUUCUGAAGACAUUCUGGUAGAGGCUCUGAACUUCCACCUCAGAGCAGAGCAGAUCGGGAUCACCCGUGCCCAACGUGUGCCUGAGAAUUUCCAUGCCCGUUACUGUGCCCAGUCUCGGACCUACGUCUACCGGAUCGCCCUGGGAAUCUCCCAUCACUCUCUGAUUCCCCUCACAGACCAACAUCUCUGCUGGAGCAUCCCCAACACGGAGCUGGAUGUGGGAGCCAUGCGCGAGGCUGCCGCCCUGCUGGUCGGGACUCAUGACUUCAGCAGCUUCAAGGCAGCCAACAGUGACGAUCCUUCUAAAAGCCUUGUGAAGACGCUGGAUGUGGUCAGCAUUCAGCCAGGAAGCUCCUUCGCACGUGCACAUUUCCACAGAGAGAUGGCGUUCUUGGAGCUGACUUUUACAUCCAGAUCUUUCCUCUAUAAGCAGGUGCGGAGGAUGACAGGGGCCCUGGUGGCUGUAGGUCGGGGGAAGCGCUCAGUGCUCCAGCUGCACGAGUUAUUGUUGGCGAGGGACUCUCUCGCCUUCCCAAACUUCAUGCUCGCUCCAGCCGAUGGCCUCUUCCUCACCAAGGUGGCCUACAGAGAGACGGAUCUGCAACUUUCACAACAGACAUCAGAGGAGCGAUUUAUCUCCAGUGGAAACUCGGAGGAAUAAUUCUACUUCAUUCAGUCAUGUUGACUAAUUAUUUCCGUACUACUUACUAUAUGCAAUGGUUGUAUUAAAGUUUUGAAUGUAUCUGUAUAUUGUUUUCUUUACUUAAAACAGAACCUGGCAGCUUCACUUUGAGUCAAUGACCCCAGUAGGUGU